CGACCCGUCACUGUCGGUCCGAUCAGCCGUUCGAUUUACAUGUUUUUUCCCGACCGGUCGUCGCGUGUGAUGUUUUGAACUUGUCCAGUGGGGUGAGACCAUGUCCCGUUACCAGUCGGACACCGAGAUCGACUACGAGGCGCAGAGCGCCUGCGGGAAGUGUCUCCAUUACACCUGGAAGACGAUAACGUGCCUCUUCUCCCACAUCACUUUGGUUUCCAUGGUGGUUUCUUACUGUGUUUUGGGUGCGGUGACCUUCGAGGCGUUGGAAGUCGAGCACGAGAGGGAUGUGAAGAGGAACAUAAGUAAGCUGAGACGGAAUGUUACCGAGCAUUUGUGGAAGCUGACACAGGACUCUCCUUUUCUGAAGGAAACGAAUUUCACUUCCAACGCCACCGUUUAUUUAAAGGAGUUUGAGAACUCCCUACUCAAGGCCAUGACUAAGGAUGGAUGGGAUGGGGAGGAGGACCCUACCAAAGUACAAUGGACCAGCACCGGGGCCUUAUUUUACUCCAUCAUUGUCAUCACAACCAUUGGUUACGGGCACAUCGCACCCAAGACGCCUUGGGGGAAGGUGGUGACGAUUUUCUACGCCGUCCUGGGCAUCCCCCUGAUGCUUAUCUGUCUGUCGAACAUCGGCGACAUCAUGGCCACGUCGUUUCGUUUCCUUUAUUGGAGGGUGUGCUGCUACAUGUGCACCAAGAAGCCCAAAAAGAUGAGACGCAACAAGUCAAUUAGGGCUCCAGAUGGAAGGCUGGCCAGGUCCAAGAACGCGUCCUUUAGGAGAUCAGUGAGGAACUCCACUAAGUCGGCGGACAGUGGUUACGAGUACUCCAUGUCCAGAUCAGACACGGACCUCAGAUACGUGGAUGAGAGGCAGAACUUCAGGCGGGGCCAAAGCUUGCCCAGGAUGAAGAUCAGCAGGAGCUCCCAGAACAGCGACCCAACCAGGAAGAUCAGCCAGCACAACCAAAGGUCACAGUCGUUGGACAGGAGGAGGGUGCAAAGGUCGAACGACUUAGAAAUGGAGUUCAUGAUGAUGUCCAAGGCUCCGGUGUUGUGCAACAAGUACGUGGUGGGCCAGACGGACGCCCUAGCCAACAACGUACCCCCAGGGAUAACAACCAGAGACAUGGAGGGGCACGGCAAGACCCAGAACAGGAGAGCUGUGUCCAUGCCCAGGCAACAGAGCAACUUCCUGGCGAUUCCAGACCAAUACCCGUCCCCAACCUCUUCGGACAGGGAGGAGGACGACGACUCCUACAGAAGUAGCAGACCCAGGAGGGCCAGGAGAUCUAGGUCGCCCAUGCCGUACAAUUCGAGUCCUAAGAUGAUGACGCCGCUGGGAUACGGCCAUAGAAACGUUUAUCUCGACGAUUCGUCCGAGGAUGAGUAUUAUGCAUCCGGCGAUAAACCCAGAACUAAACCGGUCCCCAUUUGGCUCUGUGUUUUUUUGGUUAUUUCGUAUAUUGUUGCAGGUGCCUUCUUGUUUAACUCCUGGGAGGAAUGGGGCCUUUUAAACUCAGCAUACUUUUGCUUUAUUACCUUAACAACCAUAGGUUUUGGUGACCUGGUGCCUGCAAGAGGUGUCUCCCAAAGUGGUUACAGGGCAACCAUCAGUAUUGCACUUUGUUCCUUGUACUUGUUGUUUGGCAUCUCCUUGCUGGCGAUGAGCUUCAAUCUAGUACAAGAAGAAGUGAUUUCCAACGUCAAAAGUGUGGCUAAGACCUUAGGUAUUAUCAAAAAUGACACUGAAGAGUCCGAAGAUGAUGAUUAGAAGCCAUUUUAUUGGUCAAUUAACCUUUUUUAUAGUCUUAUUGUUUUUCCUGAAAGCCAUUUAAGGCUCCAUUAUGAAAAUUUAAAUUCAUCAACAGUCAGAAGAAGAUGAUUAAGUGCCACGACUUUAUUUUAUUGGACAAUAAACGUUUUUAUAGUG